GGCAACUAUUGGAAAAGGUCGUCGGGUGGUGUCCACGCGCUCCCGCAGCAAAAAGUGACCACGAUUGAUUAUUUCGCUCCUAUAUAUAAAGACUUCUUUCGUCACAUUUCUAAAACUCACACCAAGCUUCUUCUAUUCGUCAAUCAUCACUUCUCAAUUAGCUCUUUACAAAACUGUUUUAUUACUUCAAAAAAAAUACAAAAAAAAAAGUUUCUUGUUAUAACACUAAAUGGCGAUCUUCAAGAUUCUUGUAUUGUUGUUGAGUUUGUCUUGUUUCUGUCAAGCACAACUUUCUCCUUCUUUCUACGACCAAACUUGUCCAAAUGCUCUCUCGACCAUCCGGUCUUCAAUCCGAACCGCAAUCAGCCGUGAACGUAGAAUGGCUGCUUCUCUCAUCCGUCUCCAUUUCCACGACUGCUUCGUUAAUGGUUGUGAUGCAUCGGUCAUGCUCGUGGCAACUCCCACCAUGGAGAGUGAGAGAGACUCAUUGGCAAAUUUUCAAUCGGCAAGAGGAUUCGAAGUUAUCGAUCAAGCCAAAUCCGCUGUGGAGAGUGUGUGUCCAGGCGUAGUUUCUUGCGCUGAUAUUAUUGCCGUUGCUGCCAGAGACGCUUCUGAAUAUGUCGGAGGUCCAAGAUAUAAUGUGAAGGUUGGUCGAAGAGAUUCCACUAACGCGUUUAGGGCAAUUGCAGACAGCGGCGAUCUCCCCAAUUUUAGGGCAAGCCUCAACGAUCUCUCUGAACUCUUCCUUAAAAAAGGACUCAACACUAGAGACCUCGUCGCUCUCUCAGGAGCUCACACCUUAGGGCAAUCUCAAUGCCUCACAUUCAAGGGUAGACUUUACGACAACUCGAGUGACAUUGACGCAGGAUUCUCCAGCACACGUAAGCGUCGCUGCCCGGUCAACGGUGGAGAUACGACUCUAGCACCUCUAGAUCAAGUGACACCAAAUUCGUUUGACAAUAACUAUUACAGAAACUUGAUGCAGAAGAAAGGACUUUUGGAGACUGAUCAAGUUUUGUUCGGAACCGGAGCUUCUACGGACAGUAUUGUGACAGAGUACAGCAGAAAUCCAUCACGAUUCGCGUCUGAUUUCGGAGCUGCAAUGAUCAAAAUGGGAGAUAUUCAGACACUCAUUGGUUCAGAUGGACAAAUCCGGAGGAUAUGCAGUGCCGUUAACUAAGAGUUAUUACGUCGGUCUUCUCCGAGAAAGUUUCAAGACUUGAAAAUUCAAUGUUAUUAUGUUUACAUGUAUAUCCAUUUGAUUCAUUGCUGUAAUUGUGUGUAACUAAAUUCCUACGAUAAUUCGUUUGUUAUUUGAAUAUAUUGG